AUGGAUCCUGAAAUAGAGCAACCUCCAAAAUAUUGCUUGGACACGUACCCUCUUUCAGGUGUGCCUGGCUUCACUGCCAUGGGCUACGUGGAUGACCAGCAAAUUCUCCACUACGACAGCGAGAGGCAGAGAGAGGAGCCGCGCGGGGACUGGGUGCAGGGGGCUGUCGACCCAGACUUCUGGGACAUGGCAACCAGGAGCUUGCAGCAGUGGCAGGACAGAUUUAAACGGAACCUGGUCACCCUGUGGUAUCGCUACAACCAGACCAGGGGGUCUCACACUCUCCAGUUCAUGUACGGCUGUGAGGUUGGUGAAGACGGCAGCACUGGAGGCUACAUGCAGUUGGGCUACGACGGGGGAGACUUCAACAGCUAUGACCUGGGAACAUGGUCAAGGAACAUGGUCAAGGAACAUAUAUAUAUGCCAGUCCUUGUGCGCUUGUCCUUGGAACCAGCUUAG